AUGAAUAAGAACCUUUUCCUCGCGUUUGGAUUCACGAAGAGGCGCAGCCGUUACAGGGGAAAUGAAAGGGCUGACGAUGAAGAUGAAAAAGUACACGGAGUAAGCGACAAUGUGGCAAUUGGAACGGAGACUGUGGAGGUUUGGACUGAAACCGAGACAGGAGGAGUAGUGGAGACGGCUGGGUGUGGAGGGGAUGUAUUUCUCACCGGCUGGUCGUUGGAGAGACGAAUUGAGACGCCAAGAUUGGAGAAGAGGCCAUCGGGUCUGAUGGCGAAGGUAGGAUCACGAAAGCAAGAAGGAACCCUAAAUCCAAAGGAGAGCUCGUUGACGCCGGCGAUCGAAACGGAGACGGUGGGAGUUUGGAAGGAGAUCAAGGCCGGAAAAAUAGUGGAGAGAUGGGUUUGGAGCCGAAGUAUUUCUCACCGGUGGCAACAAAAAGCGACGGUGGGUGUGAGGUGGUGGUUUCUGUGUCUUUAA